AUGUCCCCGCGAGGUGCCCAGGUCCCACAGAGCCGGAGCGUGGCCCUGGGCCCUGUCCCAUGUCCCCGUGUCCCUGCAAAGUGCCCAGGUCCCAGCGAGGUGCCCAGGUCCCACAGAGCCAGAGCGCAACCCUCGGCCUCGUCCCCCGCCGCCGCCGCCACCAUGUCCACGUCGCUGCGCGUGAGCCCCUCGGUGCACGGCGCCCGCUUCGACACGGCCCUGCGCAAGAAGGCGGCGGGCAACAUCUUCGCCAGCGUGGGCCAGGAGGCUCUGCAGCGGCUCUUCCGCGCCGCCGGCGACAAGCGCGCCGAGGAGCGCGCCCGCAUCGUCCUGGCCGGCGAGCAGGACGUGGAGGAGAAGGCGAGGGCGCUCACGGCGCUCACGCAGCGCAGGAAGGACAAGCUGCUGCAGUUCCUGCAGCUCCGCAGGUAUUCCCGCAAGCUCUGCUGA